CUGGGUGUAUAGGGGGAGGCGCUGCUCAGGUGUCCGUGUUCUGUGGUGGAUGCGGUGGUUGCGCGCGAUUGAGGGACAGCUGUCCAAGUCCAGCCAAGGCGUGGUGCCGUAGACGGCGGCGGGAUAACGCGCACACUCAUACGUUACAUCGCAACACGAAAAUGGGGAAGUACUCAGGGAAGAAGUGUCGGCUUUUGACCAUGUUCAGCCUGACGACCACCUUCUUCCUGGUGGAAAUCAUCGUCGGCUACGUCACCAACUCCAUGGCGCUGGUGGCCGACAGUUUCCACAUGCUCAGCGAUGUGGUGGCUCUCGUCGUGGCCUUUCUUGCCGUGCGCAUGUCUCCCAAGAAGUGGUCCAAGAACACAUUCGGUUGGGCGCGCGCCGAGGUGCUCGGCGCUCUGGUCAACUCGGUGUUCCUCAUUGCGCUCUGCUUUUCGAUUUUUGUCGAGUCUCUAAAGAGGUUUUACGAGGUGGAAAAGAUCCACAGUCCGCAGAUGAUCCUGGUGGUUGGCGUGCUGGGACUGGUGGUCAAUGUGAUCGGGCUCGCUCUCUUUGCCAACCACAGCCACGGCCACAGUCAUGGCGGACUCAGUCACGGCCACUCGCACGGCGCCGCCAAGAAGGCGUCGCCCGGCUCGCCGCCGCCGCCGUCCCUGCCGGCCACCACGCGCGGCCACCUAUCCUCCUUCGUCGGCGAUGACGACGACGACGAGGUGACCGUCGGCGGCGGCCGCGCGCCCGCCGGCAACGCCCAGCAGAUGAACAUGCGCGGCGUGUUCCUGCACGUGCUGGCGGACGCCAUCGGUUCGGUGAUAGUGGUGGUGUCUGCGGUGAUCAUCUGGCAGACGGACUGGAAGUACAAGUUCUACAUCGAUCCGGCGCUCAGCAUUGUCAUGGUGAUGCUCAUCCUGCGCUCCGUUUGGCCUCUCCUGGUGGAUAGCGCCAUGAUUCUGCUGCAGACGGUGCCGACGCACAUCCAGGUGGACUACAUCGAACAGAAGAUCCUGCGUGAGAUCGAGGGCGUGUUGGCCGUGCACGAGUUUCAUGUGUGGCAGCUGGCCGGGGACCGCAUCAUCGCCUCAGCCCACAUCCGCUGCCACAACCUGGCCGACUACAUGACCAUUGCCGAACAGAUCAAGCAGCUGUUCCACAACGAGGGCAUCCACUCGACCACCAUACAGCCUGAGUUUGUGGACUACGAAGCGGCAACGUCCAACAAGAGCGAGACAUGCAUCCUGGACUGUCCGCCGUCAGAGAAUGAGAACUGCGUGGCCAACAAGUGCUGCAGCGCCAAGAAGUCGGAGGAGACGGAGAGCCUGCUGUCGAGGACGCGCCCGGCAGCCGGCGACGAGGCGCCCGACGUCGAGCAUGGCCUACUAGCAGCGGGCGCGGGCCGGCCCAGCUCGGUCGGACCUUGACCGCCGCCCGCCGCCACUCUCCGGCUUCCAGCCGGGCCGCUCGACGGCCGGCGAGCACCGUCCGGUCAUCACUGCCGCGCUCCCCUCGUCCGCCGUCGUCCGGACGGGACCGCGCCUGGCGUCCUCGUCUGGCGGCGCGGCCGAACGGUUUUGCGGUGCGUGGUUAGUGUUGCGUUAGCUGUGGCUGGCUGCGUCCGCUCGCUGUGACGGCGCGGUGACCGGCGUGUCGAGUGCAAUUACCUGCGGCGUUUGCCCAAUCAUGU